AUGGGAGGGAGGCAAAGUACACUCGCAACGCCAGAGAUGCGAAAGGCGGCGGAGAACGACACGAGUUCGUGGGGAUUACCACCGGAGGAUAUCCCCGAAGAUGAGAGGACCGCUGAUGAACUUGUGCUGCAGACGUGGGCCUUCUGCAAGGCGAAACCCUCACCUGCGGCAAACUAUCGUAGUGAUGUGGAGGAGCGGAAGCGGCGUCAGUCUGUGGCUUGGCGGAAGCGUGCGAGUUUCAUUGAAUUGGACUGCGGCGAGGACAGUUUCUUUGUUUCCAACACAUACAAAGUGGUUGGUGUUGCCGAUGGUGUGGGUGGCUGGCGUGAUGAGGGCGUGGAUCCAUCCCUGUUUGCAAACUCACUGAUGGAAAACGCGAAACUCUUCUCAGAGACACACCGUACGGAGUUAAAUCCCGAAGUGAUUCUGCAGUCCGCCUUUGAUAAGGUGGUGAAUGAUGGACGUGUGCGGGCCGGCAGCAGCACAGCGUGCGUGGUAACCCUGCGCCGCGAUAAUAAUAAUAAUAACAUCAACAACAACAACAACAACCUUAACGAUAACGAUAGUAACAAGAAGGAUGAGGCGCUGUUGGAUGUGGCCAACGUGGGCGACAGCGGUGUGUUGGUGGUGCGGGAUCGCCAAGUCCUCCAUCGCGUGCACGAGAAAGUUCACGGCUUCAACGCCCCGUUUCAACUCGCACUGCUGCCGCCGCGGCUGCGGGGUCGUGCCUUCGCAGACACCGUCGCGGACGCCACUCGCGAGACGAUCCCAGUGCGAAAAGGCGAUGUGGUCAUCACCGCAACGGAUGGUUUAUUUGACAAUCGCUUCAACACCACACUCGCAUCCGACGCAGGAUGGAUUGGCCAAGUGAGCACAAGUGCACUCGAACGUAUUCCAAUCCUUGGAUUCUUUCUCAGCCCCUUCUUCGCUGAUGAGAAGGUUGCCUACGUGGACCCACAGCGUGUUGCCCAACGCAUAGUGCAGGAUGCGUAUAAAGUCUCUAUUGAUGCAGAGGCCCACACACCGUGGUCAUCAAUGCUGAAGAAGUUCGGUGCGAAGGACGCGAAAGGUGGAAAGGCAGAUGAUAUCACAAUUGUCUUGAGCCGCGUUACAACUCGUGAGGAACUUAAUGCCAGCAACGUGUGGUAA